GAUUCUCAUACACAAAAUGCGGGGUUUAUUAAAUAUAUCAUCACGUCCAAUUGUUUAUGGAAAAUUAAGAACAAGAACAUUUGCUACAAAGAGUGAGAAAAAAUCAAAAAAAUGGAAAUCGGUUAUUGGCCUCGAGAUUCACGCACAGAUAUCGUCUUCAUCAAAACUUUUUUCUGGUGCAAGUUGUAAUUUUGGAGAGCCAGCGAAUUCUUGUGUCUCUUUUUUCGACUGUUCAACACCAGGAACUCUUCCUGUGUUGAAUAAAAAAUGUGUAGAAGCUGGAGUACUAACAGCUCUGGCAUUAUCAUCACAAUUAAAUGAAGUAUCCCUUUUCGAUAGAAAACAUUAUUUCUACGCUGAUUCACCCUCUGGUUAUCAAAUAACACAACAGAGGAAACCGCUGGCAACAGGUGGAGAGUUAAAAUUUUCAGUCUUUACUCCAGGAAUUCAUAAAGAGCCAUAUCUCAAGUCCUCGAGGCUGAAGCAAUUGCAGCUGGAGCAAGACAGUGGGAAAAGUCUGCACGACGAGCCCAGGGGCAGGAGUUUGGUGGAUUUGAACAGAGCUGGAGUGCCUCUCAUAGAAUUUGUAUUUGAACCAGAUCUAUCUGAUGGCGAAGAAGCUGCAGCUCUCGUUAAAGAACUCACUCUCAUUCUGCAACGACUGAAUACAUGCUCUUGUAAAAUGGAAGAGGGUGCACUACGUGUCGAUGCAAAUAUAUCCCUUCACCGGGAAAAAGAGCCACUUGGGGUGAGGACAGAAGUGAAAAAUAUAUUCAGUGUUCGUGCAGUUGCUGCCGCGAUAAAAUAUGAGAUCGAACGACAGAAAAGUUUACUCGAAAAAGGAGAGAAGGUCGUUAAUGAGACUUUGUCCUGGGAUUCGCAGAGGAACAGGACAGUCCCCAUGAGGGAUAAAGAGGAGAAACAGGAUUACAGGUUCAUGCCAGAGCCGAAUUUACCACCUCUUCGAUUGAAUCUCAAAGGAGAUGGAAGUAAUUGUGAUCUUGUCGAUGUGGAAUAUUGGAAAUCUCGAUUGCCAGAGCUCCCCGAACAAUUGAGAUUCAAUUUGAGGAUGGAGUUCUCUUUAUCCUCACAGUCUGCUGCCAGAAUUGUCAACAAUAGUGUUAUCUUUGGAUUGUUUGGGGAUAUCAUGAAGGAGAAUCCUAAAAGGAGUCCCAAGAUUACGUGUAAUAUUCUUCUGGAAGAACUAUUGCAGUACACGAAUAAAUAUAAAAUUGAAUUGAAUAAUUUAUUAAUAUCGGCGAGACAGAUUGGCGAUUUGAUCGAUUUAGUUGAGAGCAAUACUAUCAAUUUAAUUACAGUUAAAAAAUUAUGGGGAAUGAUGAGAGACGACUGCACUCUGUUGCCAAGUAAGAUUGUCGAGGAGAACAAAUGGGGUCAAAUAAAUGAUGAAGACACACUGAGACGUAUGUGUCAAUCAGUUCUCGAAGAUGAUCCGACAUUAGUAACCGCAUAUAAAAAAGGGAAGACGAAAGUAAUUCGCGCCAUGUUGGGGCAGGUAUCAAAACGCUCUGAAGGUCUUGCCAAUAUGGGAAAAGUUGUGAAAAUUCUAGAAGAUUUGUUGAAAUGAAAAAACACACCUGUGAAUAAUUGUCAAUAAAAAAUCAGUCAAGUACUGGACGAGGGUAAAUUAAAUUGAUCCAUUGUUUUCGUUAAAUAUUGUUGUAUUUUUAAAAAAUGUACAUUGUUCAUUCUUUCAGCUUACAAUGUUUUAGCUACGAUUUUCAUUAAUUAUAUAAAAACAAUCACCAUAGUUCAAACGUCCAUAUUGCAGUGUAUAGUGACGUAUAUUU